AUUAGUGUGCGACAGAAAAGCAGGCCUGUCUCGUAUCUUAUUUGAUGGAGAUGGGUGAGUCGCUGUUGUACACAAACUUUGCGAGCAGGUACCUCCAAACUUAAUCAACGUUUUGCGUGCGACCAUCGGCCCAGCGUAAUAUUCGGUCGUUUGUCGGCAAACGCUUAUUCCUGGCCGUUUUUUUGCAGCUUCAACGUUAGCAGGCUAACGUUAGCUGGGCCCGUCAGAGUUGUUGACCAGCUCGAUAAAACAGCUGCAUAACGAUGCGGCCGUGAGUGUGGAUUUUUCACGCACUGCUUCAAAGCAUUCCAGUAAAAUAAUCACCGAAAUAAAGCAGUUUGUGUGAGGUUUGGGAGGGUUUAUAAAGCAUUUAGCAGAAGACAUUAGCUCGGUAGCUAAGUGCGCAAAAGCAUGACGUCCAGGAGGACAGGCGCUUACACAGGCGGCAUGGACGGCAGCUCGGCCCACAGUGGAAAUCGCAAACAGAAUAUCGUUAACAUUUCCGACAGCUACGAGCGGAAGGCAGAAAAAACUGGAUACGGAGCGAACAUGACUGUGACGUCCUUGAAGUCCCGCCUGGCGCCGACCAUCCAGACUGCCAUGUCCGCCGCGGUGGACACACUGCUGGGGGAAGUGGUGCUUGUCCUCAACGAGAGUCAGCAGGAGCUGCUGCAUAAAGAGCAGGAGAACGAACGGCUUAAAGUGCGCCUGGAAGUGUCGGAGAGGGAGCUGAAGACGUUACAGCAAUGCCUGUGCAGCGCUCAGAAGCUUAUAGAUCAGCUUCAGAUCUCAUACGCAGGAACUCAGUCUGUGGGUCAGUCUGUUUUCUCGCCUUCGCAGUCUUCCAUGGCUUCCAUCACCUCAGGCAUGGAUCGGGACCACCAAAAUUCUAGAAAUGGUGUUGAGGUGGGUCUUGGUGACUCUGUGGAUGAGUCCCUUCAUGGGUUUGAGGCAAGACAAGACUACAAGAUGUGCCAACUUUCGAUCCAACCUGAUGGCUCUGUGACCAAUCACCCUGUUGAUUCCUUUGCACCAAACACCUCGCAUAUGUGUUCCAGUUCCAACAGAUCAGAUGACAGACAGUCUCAGGGACCUGGUGGAGUAUCCAGAUUUGAGAUCAAAGAGGAGCAAAUUUCAGGCUCACUUCAGCCCGGCCGGAAAGAGUCUGGUUUGGGGAAUGAUGGCGGAGUUGGUGAUGAUGACCGUUCAUCCCACAACGUUGGUGAUCUUGGCUAUGUUCAAGUUGGAGGAGAGGGAAGUUCCCAGCGUAACUAUGCUCAACCUCUGCAUCACCAAAGACCUGUGCAGGAAUGCGCUGGCACCCUGCCACAUGGUAGACCUGAUGGACAGAAACCAGUGACCAGGGCAUCUGGCAUUUCAAGAGGAGGCAGCGUUUCUCCUGGCAGAGCAGAAGACUUGGCAGGGCCUUCAGCCCCUGGCACAACAGUGGAGCCCUCUGGAGAUCGGCCCCAUCAUUGUCUGGAGUGUGGCAAGACCUUCCGCCUGAUCUCCAGCUUGAAGAAGCACAUCCGCAUCCACACUGGAGAGAAACCCUACCCGUGCGGGGUCUGUGGACGCCGUUUCCGUGAGUCAGGGGCCCUUAAAACCCACUUGCGUAUUCACACAGGUGAGAAACCAUACUCUUGUUCAGAGUGUGGCAACUGUUUCCGCCACUUGGACGGGUUGCGCAAACACAGGCGCACUCACACAGGUGAGAAACCUUAUGUUUGUGCCAUAUGUGGGAAGCGUCUAAGCCGCCUUCAGCACCUCAAGCACCACCAGCUGAUUCACACUGGAGAGAGGCCGUGCUGCUGCCCUUUCUGCAACCGCACAUUCAAAGAGCCUGCAGCACUAAGGAAGCAUGUCCGUACACACCAGGAGGAAGGUGGUCACAUGGGAAUGGGUGCCAACGAUGACACGGACCCAGAUGCCAUAGAUGACAUUAACAAUCUUCACCCCGCGGCUCCCUCCCCACAGAUGAGGUUUGGAGAGUGGGGUCCUGAGGAGGAUGAGAGCGCAGUUACAGACUGUGUGUAGGUUAUAUUUAAGUACUACAGUUAAUAAUGGAACACUAAAAAUGUAUUUGUGUAGUUUGUAAAGUCAUCCUUGUUCCAUUUAACAAUUGGCUGCAUGAAACCUCUGCUGUGAGUUUUUAGUUGGGACAUUUUCAAGUUUCUGGACAUUAUCCUGAAUUCACAUAUUGAUGGUACAAAAAAAGCCAUACUGGACAUUCACAUUUGUCUGUCACAGUGGACUGUAGAUGAUGAUGGUGAGACUUGGCCAUUUUACAGUGUCAACAAGACUGCCAGUAAUUUACAUAAUUGCAAAACAUAACAGCAAUUUAGCAUUUAUACAGAUUGAUAUAUUAAAAUGGGAAGCUUUGGCUGUUGUUAAAAGCUUAUUUUCUCUGUAAUAUACCAUUUUUUUAAGCCACCUCUAUGUGUUUGCAUUAAAAUAGUCAUUAAAUGUUAUUAUCUGGUUGUUCUUGCCCACAUUGAAAACGAUAAAAUGCCCGGGUUUUCUGCCUGUCACAUUCCGCUAACGUGUGAAUGCAACAUAAUAUGUAAGACUGAUGUCAAACACAGAGCAGCGGCAGUUGUGUACGGGUAGUUUUUUGCACCAGGUCUUUUAAAUUGCUUACAGUACUUGCUUACACUCAUCUUCAAUUGCUUAUCCAAGAUCGGGUCGUGGGGGGCUUGAGCCUAUCCCAGCAGGCAUAGGUC